AUGGAACUAUCUCUGGCCGGUGCGCAGCUGGAAACGCAGAUGUUUGCCACUGCCAAAGCUUAUGUUGAAUUUGCUCAGACCUAUCCGGAACAUUUCCGCAUUAUGUUCCGCUCUGAUCUGAUCGGCUUUGAUAUGGAUAAUCCACCUGAUGCAGUGCUGCAGACUUUUGCUGAACUGACCAACGUGAUUCUUCGUCAGCGAGGGGAUGCACCCAUCGCUGUGCAGGACGUUAUUGCUGAAAAACCGCCGGCGCUGGUGAACGAUAUUGUUUUAGAACGAAUUCCCGUGGUACUCGAUACCGAUAUCGGAUUAGACGUCGAUGAUGUGUGGGCGCUGGCAUUCCUGUUGAACUGCCCUGAACUUGAUAUCAAGCUGAUUACGACAGCUACCGGCGAUACAGGUUAUCGCGCAAAGAUAGUCGCCAAACUAUUGCAGAUCGCCGGACGUGAAGAUAUUCCCAUUGGUGUUGGCAUCCCUCUGGAUGACUCACCUAAGACCCAUGCCGCCUGGUUAGGCGACUUUUCCCUGUCAGAUUACGCAGGCGAUGUAUUACGUGAUGGCGUCGGCGCCAUGUGUGAAACCAUCAUGGGCACCCCUGAAAUAGUUUCAUUGAUCUGUAUUGGACCGUUACCCAAUGUAGCCGCCGCACUUGCUCGUGAACCUGAUCUGGCAACAAGCGCCCGAUUUAUCGGUAUGCACGGUUCGCUUCGUCGUGGCUACAUGGGGGCUGACAAACCCAUGCGAGAGUACAACGUUAAACAGCACGCGCUGGCCUGUCAGGCGGUGUUCAAGGCGAAGUGGGAAAAAAUCAUCACGCCCCUGGAUACCUGUGGCACGGUAAUCCUGCAGGGUGACCGCUUUGCGCGCAUCAGAGACAGCGAUAAGCCGCUGACAAAAGCGGUGAUGGACAACCACGCCGGCUGGUUUGAAGCGGUGAAAGAAUGGCCGGUGCUAAAGGAACUCGACAUUCAGGCGCAGUCUUCGGUUUUAUAUGACUGUGUGGCCGUUUAUCUGGCCUUCAGUCGUGCAUAUCUGCAUAUGGAAACGUUGCCGAUAGUCAUCACCAAUGACGGUAAAACACUGAUCGAUGAGGCAGGUGAGGAAACACAGUGUGCCACUGACUGGGUCGAUAAAGACGCCUUCCUGGAUCUGCUGACUGAACAAGUGGUGGGUGACAAACCGGUCAAUCUUGGGCGAUGGCUCUGGGACUAUGAUGCACGUGAACUGUCUGCGGCUGAACAGUCAGCAGAUAGUCCCUAUGCUCGCGCCAGCCAGCGCGGCUUUACCGGAACGUUGUAUAAGACAGAUGCUUUCCUUGCCAGCCAGCCUUUCGGCACGGUGCCGUGCGCCUUCAGUCCAGGUGGUGCGAUCGGGAUUUUUGAAUCCAACAGUAUUUUGCGCGCCGUUGUGCGUCAGUCCGAACAGCCACACGGCCUCUACGGGGUCGAUGGUUACAGUGCUUCCCGUGUGGACAGUUUUCUCGAUGCCAGUCUGGUGUUUUCCCGGGAAGCGCAGGUUUAUCUGCUGGCAAUGUCGGCUAUGCAGCCCGAAACCCAUGCGCGGAUGACCUCAGCGUACGAUUUUUAUCUGCAGGGUGUUGAGAAUGCGCUGCAACACACGUCUCACCUGGCCGAGGAUAAUCUUUCGAUAGCCGACAUCGCCUUCGUAUGCGACCUCGCGCAGUUUUUGCGUGAAGCACACUACAGCGACGCACUUGAGCAGGCCGGGUUUGCGUUGAUAAGUGCACAGGCAUUACAGAAGUACCCAGCUGCGCUGGCGCACAUGCUGACCUUGAGUGAAGCGCCGGCUUUUCGCAAACACAUGGGUACGUACCUCGACUGGAGCAAACAAGUGACCGAUAACAGCGAACAGAUCAAAUACUGGAAUGGCCAGGCUGGCGAUACCUGGGCUCGUGGGCAGGAACGGUUGGACAACAUGCUGCAGCCCUUGUCUGAUAUUGCCGUGUCUGCGGCGGCAGCUAAAGCGGGUGAACGUGUUAUCGAUGUAGGGUGCGGAUGCGGUGCAACCAGUCUUGCUCUGGCUGCCACGGGCGCGCAGGUUUGGGGUGUCGACAUCAGCGCGCCAAUGUUGGCCCGUGCCCGUGAGCGUGCAAAAGGCGUGGACAAUCUUGUUUUCAGUGAAGCCGAUGCGGCAGUAGCAGAGCUGACUCCGGACCAUCAACUGAUGUUUUCCCGCUUUGGGGUGAUGUUUUUUGCCGACCCGCUGGCUGCGUUCAAAAACCUGCACAGCGGAUUGUCUGCAGAUGGACGGAUGGUGUUCAUGUGCUGGCAGGCUGCUCAGGUCAACCCGUGGAUUACCAUUGCCGGACGCGCGAUACAGCCUUUCCUGACGCCAGCGGAACCCGUGGAUCCAAAAGCCCCGGGACCAUUUGCUUUUGCGGACAAAGACUAUUUGCAGGGUUUGCUGGUUGAUGCAGGGUUUGCGCAGAUUGAGAUAGAGCCUGUCUCUGCCAGUCUUCAUGUAGGUGAUGAUCUGGAGGCUGCCAUGCAUUCUCAGGGCGAAGUUGGGCCCGUUGCCCGUGCUCUGUCCGAAUUAUCGGGAGAUACGAAGGAGGCAGCGCUGCAGGCGGUACGGGAUGCUUUUGCGCCUCUCAUCACCGAAUCCGGAUUAGAUCUUGAAGGGGCUACCUGGCUGAAGGAAAUGAACAUGGAUACCAACCAGCAGGUUCUGAUUGCUGAAAUACCACAAGGCAAGUUGCAGCCGAGUCAUUACCAGCUUGCCCAGGCGCCCAUACCCAAAGCAGGCGAAGGCCAGGUAUUGGUACGCACGACGGCGUUUGCGAUUACUGCUGGCACUCGCGCAGGGUUACAAGGCAGUGCCAGCUAUGCCGGUGCGCCGACCACGGGUGUUGUGAUGAAUGCAACCGGGGUAGGAGAAGUGGUCGACAGCCGCGCGUCAGACAUCGCGGUGGGCACCAUGGUCAGUGCGCCCACGGGUUGGCAGCAAUACUCAGUGCAUGACGCCCAUGCGGUUGAAGUUAUACCCGCAGCCCAUGACCCCAUCGCCUAUUUAGGUCCGUUAGGUAUCAAUGGCCUGACCGCAUAUUUUGGACUGCUUGAAGUUGGCCAGCCGAAGCCAGGUGAAACCGUCCUUGUCUCUGCAGCGGCCGGAUCUGUAGGGCACCUCGUCGGACAGAUCGCCAAAAUCAAGCAGACCACAGUUGUGGGUGUCUGUGGCAGUGAAGAAAAAGGCGCUGUUCUGGUAGAUCAGCUUGGCUUUGAUGCAUCGGUAAACUACAAAGAACAGAAUUUUCGUGAUGCCCUGAAGGCGGCGACCCCAGCUGGGGUUGAUGUCUAUUUUGAUAACACGGGUGGGUUGAUCCUUGGCUCGGCCCUGUUCCGUAUGAAUACUUUUGGUCGUAUAGCCUGCUGUGGCGUGGUGUCGCAAUACGAUACCGACCGGCCGGAGCCAGGCCCGCGAGGCAUCCCUGGAUUGCUGGUGAACAAGCGUAUAAACAUGCGCGGUUUUCUGGUGUUCGAUUUUGCAGAUCAAUAUGCCACCGCUCGAGGGGUCCUGCAUGGAUGGCUUGCAGAUGGUUCGCUGAAAAGCCUGACCGAUGAGGUUUCCGGUCUGGCGGCUGCGCCUGAUGCGUUUGUUGACUUGUUAAGCGGUGGCAAUAUCGGUACACGUAUUGUGCGUUUAACUUAG